AUGGCUCCCGUCGAGACAAGCAUUUCAACUACCAUCCCAGCCGGUACAUCGUCUCAGUCCGUCAUUGCCGUUCUGCACAACCACGACCUGUACAUCAAGACGGCCUGCCCACAACUCAUUUCCUACAAGCUAGUAUCCGGCACCCCCGCGCUCAACGAACCGUGCAUCUACGAAGUCACGGACAAGAAGCCCAUUGGACAGACCACCUAUCCUCUUACCCUCACCAACCGCGAGGACGGUAUCGACGCCUUUAUUGACGCCAAGGCGCCCACUGGAGCCAUCCGCCUCGAAAGCAAAUGGCGCGUGGUCGGCGAGAAGUUGGAGGAGAGCAUCAGAAUUGACUCUAAUAUGUUGAUGAACAAGAUGAUCAAGGGAAACGUGGAGAAGAGUCAUCCUGCGCAGCAUCAGGGACUCCUACAAGCUGUCAAAGUGUAG